AUGUCAAACCACAUCCUGCGUCCCUGCCUCCGGGCGGUAACUACCCCCCUCAAUGCCACCUCAUUCUCAACCACCGCAUCCUCCGCGUUUACACGACUCAACCGCGACCGCUCCAAGCUCCGAGGCGUAUCCGCUCUACGACGCUCCCCUAAGAAGAUUGCCCUCGCGGCAGCAAAGUUCCCGUUACCAGAACCGGUCAAGUUGGAGGACCACAAGGACAAGCUUGAGGUCAACCCGGACCAUGGCUUGUGGGGGUUCUUCGCCGAUAAGAAGGCGCUGCCGACGCCGUUAGAGGAUAGCGAACAUGGUCGUGCCUGGACCGUUGAGGAACUCCGUGCAAAGUCGUGGGAAGACCUUCACAAGCUGUGGUGGGUAUGCGCCAAGGAACUCAACAUAAUGUUGACGCAGCGGAUCGAGCGCGAACGUCUCAAGCCCGGUGAAGGCGCCCACGAGGCACGAAGAAGGGCCAUGCAGAUUAAAAACACACAGCGGGGUAUUAAGCAUGCUCUCACAGAGCGAUACUAUGCGUGGCAGGAGGCACAGGCUAUCGCAGCGACCGACCCGGAUGUGGACUUGAGUGGAGACAGACCGGCUUAUUCGCCGAAAGACUUCGAGGAGGAAACUCCGGAUGUGUCGAGCACCGCACCAGCGCAGACACCAGCACCGCCGAUGGGGAAGCCAACAACUUUGUAG